UCAACAUUUGAUCAGUGAAGUGCCGACUUCCCAAACAAACAGCAUCAACAUGAACUCUGCUAUCGUGCUAUGUGUGGUGGCGCUGGCCGGCAUGGUGCUCGCGCGCCCUGAUGGUGACGGCGACAAGUACACCUCCAGGUGGGACGACGUAGACCUGGACGAGAUCCUCGAGAACGACCAUCUGCUGGUGCCUUACAUCAAGUGCUCGCUCGACGAGGGCAAGUGCGCGCCCGACGCUAAGGAGCUCAAGGAACACAUCCAGGAAGCUCUGGAGACGGGAUGCGCUAAGUGCACUGACAAGCAGAAGGAGGGAACCCGCCGCGUCAUCGCGCACCUGAUCAAGAAAAAGCUGCAAGAGUGGGAGAAGUUGAAGGCCAAGUACGACCCCGAGGGCAAGUACGCAAAGAAGUAUGAAAAGGAGCUAGAAGAAGUGAAAAACGCGUAGUUCAAAUAUUACAACAAAUUCAAAGUUUAAAAUUGUGAUUACUACCUAUUUGAUUCUUGCAAUAAAGUUUGUUAAUUUUUCAUUA